AUGGCCGAAGAAGAAGAAGUCUGGAUUGACGUUUCCGUCGCCCAAGACGGAGGAGUCCUAAAGAAGAUCCUCAAGGAAGCACCUGAGGGAGCUUCUGGACCUCCACCCAGUGGAAACGAAGUGGAGGCCCACUACACGGGUACUUUGUCCUCGGAUGGCUCCAAAUUUGAUUCCAGUCGUGACCGUGGCAAGCCAUUCAACUUCACCAUUGGACAAGGGCAGGUGAUCAAGGCUUGGGACGAAGGAUUUGCUUCCAUGAAGAUUGGCGAACACGCAAUCCUAAAGUGUCGCUCGGAUUAUGCCUAUGGCGACUCUGGAUCGCCUCCCAAGAUCCCCGCCAAGGCCGAAUUGUUGUUUGACGUCGAGCUACUUGGCUUCAAGGAAAAGCCCAAGGAACGCUGGCAAAUGUCUACCGAGGAACGAUUGGAAUAUGCCACCAAGAUCAAGGCGGAAGGAACCGAACUCUUCAAAAAGAAGAACUACGCCGAAGCUACUGCCAAGUACGAAGAUGCCGCCGCGUUUUCGGUCGACGAAGGUAUCUCUGGAGAUGAUAUCCCAGAAGCCGAACGCCCACUAUACAUCAGUUGCUGGGGUAAUGCUGCCAUGUGUUACAUCAACAUGAAGAGCUGGGCGGAUGCCAUUCAUGCCUGCAACAAGGUCUUGGAGAUGGAGUCGGAGGCAAACACCAACAUCAAGGCGCUCUACCGUCGUGGGUUGGCCCGGAUUCGAUUGGGACAAUACAAGGAAGCCAAGGUCGAUCUCAUGGCUGCCUAUAAUCUUGAUAAUAGUAACAAGGAUGUCCGCAAGGCGCUCAAGCAACUAAAGGACGAGGUGGCUGCCGCCAAAAAGAAGGAAAAGGAUACCUUUGGUGGAUUCUUGGGCAAGGUGGAUAUCUACAAUGACAAGAAGGGUCCACUUGUACCAAAUGCCAAGGGAGACAAUCCACACGUCUUUUUCCAAAUCAAGCAAGGAGACGAAGAUCUUGGUAAGGUUGUCAUGCAACUUUACAAAGAUAUUACCCCCAAAACGGCCGAGAACUUUCGAUGUUUGUGUACGGGAGAAAAAGGCAACGGCAGCAGUGGCAAGCCUCUUCACUUCAAGGGUUCCACAUUCCACCGUGUCAUUAAGGACUUUAUGAUUCAAGGUGGAGACUUUACCAAUGGAAAUGGAACUGGUGGAGAAAGUAUUUACGGAGAAAAGUUUGCCGAUGAGAACUUUGUCAUCAAGCACACCAAGGCAGGACAAUUGUCCAUGGCAAACGCUGGGCCUGGAACUAAUGGAAGUCAAUUCUUUGUUACUUGCAAGGAUACUCCUCAUUUGGAUAAUAAACAUGUGGUAUUUGGUCAUGUGGUAGAAGGCAUGGAUGUGGUGCGCAAGGUUGAGAAUACCAGCGUUGGAGGACAAGACAAACCAGAGGUUGAUGUUGUCAUUGCAGACUGUGGGGAAAUGCCGGCCGAUUACAAACCAUGA